CAAAAGCUUCGCUUAAUUUCAGAAACCUCUUCAUCAGGAGAUCAUCUGCUCAUUUACCUUAAUUGUUUCUCUGGCUGUUAAAUUGUUCUUUAGAUAUUUAUCUCCAUUUUAACCAUUGAUCUUGUUUUAAUUAACUAAUGUUACGGUAAAAGUGGACACACGGAAGAGACAACAAUUUGUGAGGAAAUAAAAAGUGAUGGCUGGAGGUUCAGAUCCCAAAUGGCAAAAAGAUGCUGCUGAUCAAAAUUUUGAUUACAUGUUCAAAAUUCUGAUAAUAGGUAAUAGCUCUGUUGGUAAAACUUCAUUCCUAUUUCGCUAUGCUGAUGAUCAAUUUACUUCGGCAUUUGUGUCCACCGUUGGCAUAGAUUUUAAAGUGAAAACCGUUUUCAGACAAGACAAACGUGUUAAACUACAAAUUUGGGACACUGCUGGUCAAGAGCGUUACCGUACAAUCACAACAGCUUAUUACAGAGGUGCGAUGGGUUUCAUUUUGAUGUAUGACGUUACAAAUGAGGAAUCAUUUAACAGUGUCCAUGAUUGGGUAACACAAAUCCAACAAUAUUCUUGGGAUAAUGCACAAGUUAUUCUUGUGGGCAACAAGUGUGACAUGGAGGAUGAACGAGUUGUUUCAACGGAACGAGGAAAACAAUUGGCCGAUCAAUUAAGGUUGGAGUUUUUUGAAUCCUCUGCCAAAGAAAAUAUUAAUGUGAAAGCCGUUUUUGAACGCCUUGUGGAUAUUAUUUGUGACAAAAUGUCCGAAAGCCUGGACUCUGACCCGACAAUGGUUAAUGCCUCCAAAGGAACUCGGCUCACCAAUAAUCCAAUGCAAAGCAACCCGAGCUGUGCUUGUUGAGCUCAACCUACUAUUUAGAUUAACAUUCUCUCUCUCCUUCUUCUUCUUCGUCUCUCUCUCUCUCUCUCUCUCUCUCUUCUCUAUCUUUCUUUCUUUCUCUUGUCAUCUUGCCACACUUCUAGCUCUUAAAUUCGGUCUCUCAAUCAACUGUUCUAGUUUCUAAAUGUCUAAAACCCGAUCCCUCGUAGGAUCUUUCUAAUCAAUCGUCAGAAUUUAAUCCAACUGAGAAAGUCUUCUACCAUUUCAAAGGAAAUUUUUCAUUUGAUUCAUUUUAAGAGCUUGUCCUAAAUUCAUCAACAGUUACUUCUUUUCUUCCUGAACUUCUCCUUUCUCUUUUCCUCCAUGUUAUCAUCAUCACCAACCUCCUCAUCAUCAUCACCUCCAUCACCUAUCCAAUACCUUUACUCUGUCUUGAUUAGUUGCUCUUGUCGUUAUCGUUUUAUUUUCUCAAUCAACUCUCUUAGUGCUCUAAAAUUGACAAAUUUAUUUGCUUUCUCUUGAUCAAGAUCCUGAUUUUUUGAUUAAGAUUUUAUUUGAUUUUUUUUUCGUUGUCCAUUUAAAACUCAGCAUUUUGUUUUCAUUCAUCUAUUUCAUAUCAUCGUUAACAAUGAUAACAAUGAGAGCUACUUUAAUUACCAUCACUAACUACAAUUAGAAUUUAUGAUUUCUCAUCCUAAUCUCCAAUUGACCAAUUGUUAACAAAGAUAAACACAGAAACAAAUCAAGUACAUUCCAACUAAUUAACAGUAACAAUUAGAAUCUUUUUGCUUAAAUUGUUAAUCAAAAGCAAAUCACUUUAACUUGUGUUUAAUCAAAAAUGAAACAAAAAGACAAAAAUUUGAUUGAUUUAAUUACCAUUAAGAUAAUCAAACUUUUGUAUUGGUUUUCUCGUGUUUAUCAUUUGUUACUCUCAUCCGAAAACAAUUCAAUCAGUUAAUCACUCUGACACUUUUAUUAUAAUCUAUUUUUUUCUUGUUGGUUAAUUACUGUUUAUUAUUUUUUUUGUUAUAAUUACAUUUAAUUGUUUACUUUUUAUUAUUUUUGCUGCCAAAUGAUUUAAGUUUAAACAGCAACUUCCAGCAACACGAUAUCAACAACAAGUGAUUAAUCAACAAUUAUCACCAUCAUCAUAAUCAUCGUUGGUCAUUCAAACAAUUUAAAAGAUGAUGAUUACAAUGAUGAUUUGAAGACCAUUAAUUUUAUGUCAAAUAUAAUUAAUAUAUUGCAAUUUGUUAGAAAAGAGAGAGAAAGAAAUGAAAUUGUGUGUAAUUGAUUUAAUUUAAUCUUUUUUUGCCCUCACAAUUAACUCUGUUCAAAUUAACUUAACUGUGCGUUUCUCUGUCUCUUUAACAGUUUAAUUAACUAAUCAUGUAAUACUAAUCAACCAAAUCAAUUGUCAACCCACAAGUUCA